AGGGUAGCUCCUCAGGUGUUUCAAGAUGAGGGUGAUGAAUAGUGGAGUGGGAUAAUUGGUGGUGUUCUAGCCAAUGUGGGGGGGUCUUAGAUGGUCUCAUCAGAUUUAUGUAGAUGGCCAGGCUUCCCCUGUGCUGAUCAAAGGGGAUCAGACUGGUUGAUAUUGCAUCCAGGAUACUUGGGGAAAUGAAACAGUCAAGCACACAGACUGCAGUUCUGGGCAAAGGUGUAUUAUCAUGUCCUCUCUGCUCAACAGUUUUUGAAAACAAACUUGUUUUUUAGAGUCCAGUAUUUGACAUAUUUCUUGACCUAAGCGUAGAAUUUGACUUCAUCCGACUUACUGAGGAAUGAUAUUGGUUUAUUCCAGCAGCCCUACUCAGGUAUAUGCAGUUGUUUUGAGGGUAUAUAGAAAGUUGUGUGCGGUUGGCGAUGAUCAGUGUGCUUGCACUAAGAACGCCCGCUAUCACUAUCCGUACCUAAUUUAGUUUGAUGAAUGACGUAUUGGUGUUUCUUUUACAUUGAUGUCAGUAAGCGUAGUGACUCGACAUUGCAACUAAUUCUGUUACCUCUUGGUACUCGUCAGAAAGAUAUACCGUCAACAUCGGAGGAAGCCUGUGAUUUUCAAUGAUGCGUUACUCAUCACCGACAUCUGCAACGUUGCUACCAAGCUUUUUAGCCCAAAACUGACGUGAGUAUCACCUUAUUGAGCUUAGUAACAGCAUCAUGUACAUGAUUAAUGAGUUUUCAUCGAUGCUUAUGACUGAAGGAAGUCUCGAAUUGACCAUUGUGCACUUCUGUCAGUGUAGUGAUUGUUGGUGUGAAUAUGUGGGGGUGUUUAGACAGCCUGACUGACCUGAAGGUCCUUGGAAUAGUGAAAAUCAUUAACUAGAGACCCGGCACGGAAACUUAAACUUCUGUGUGGAGCUAUGCUUUGAUCUGUAAUUCAAACAGGGAGUAUCUUCUUCACCGAGUAAGCUUACUAAUUAAUGUUUUAACUAUUUGACUGACUGAUUGGUUGUUGUUUGUGUGUAUUUCUGACUGAACUGAUGGCAUUUUGGCAACCAAGAACGUGUUGUUACAAUUCAGAAGUGGUUAUUCUGUUGUAUUCCCUUUGUGCACUGUGUUGUCAUAUACGUCAAUUUUUUAUUCUGGUAUGUGAAGUUAUGAAAAUGUAUUUGAUUCUUUGUCAGUUAAUUUUGGAUAUAGCUUUGUUUUAUUUAAACCAUUACAUGCUCUUUCUGUAUAAUAAAUACUAUAUGGACUGUUGAUCAGCAUGUGUUGUUUUUUCUCAGCCCGCACUUCCGGUAAUGUCAAUCUUGGAACUAUCGGUGCUUCAGGAGGAAGUGUUGGAGAUGAACAGUUACAGUUGCUUUAUCAACAACUUGACGACAAAGAUGAUGAAAUAAAUAAGCAAGCUCAGACAAUUGCACGUCUUCGCCAGCAAAUUGAAGAGCAAGACGUGGUGAACAAUUCUUUGCGUAUAGAACGUGAGGGACAAUUAAAAGAAAUUACAACUCUUCAGGCUGAAUACCAGUCGAGCAAAGAUGAAGUGAAGGAAGUCCUGCAAGCCUUAGAAGAAUUAGCAAUGAAUUAUGACCAAAAGGCUCAAGAGAUUGAUGCAAAAGCGAAAGAACUUGAAGAGGCUCAAGAGUCCUUGCUACAACAAACCCGUUUAAUGCAUAGUAAAGACGGUGAAUUGUCACAGUUGAAGGAUACACAUCAAAAUCAGAAGAAGAAAUAUACUGAAAUGAUGUCUAGCCUGUUGAAGGAUCUAAUUGAUGUUGGUGAAUGCUUGAAUGAUCAAAUUACGAAACCAUCUGUUGGUUCUGAACGAUUAGAUGAAGAGUUUACUGUUGUUCGUUUGUAUAUAAGUAAGAUGAAAAGUGAGGCGAAAUCACUGCACUCACGUGUACGUCAAUUGGAAGAGGAACGUGUACAGCAUGUACAGUUAGUGCGUAAGAGCGAUGAUGAGUCUAAAGAUCUUCGAACACGACUUCAUGCUUUUGAAGUGAAAGUUGGCACCCUAAGCGAUAAAAUUGACGAGUCAGAAUCACGUAAGCGUCAAUUGCAGGAGACAGUGGAUAGCUUAAAUGCGGAGUUGGCGAAACUACGCGCUAAUGAACAAUUCAUCACCGGAUCUGGUCAACAAAAUGAACAAAUAUUAGCUGGUCAAUCAGCGAUACGAGCGAAAUUAGAUGAAGAGUUUAAACGACAAUCAGAGUAUUAUGCUGCUCAGGUGAAAUCUCUACGUGAUGAAUUAGACGAGAAACAGAAGAAGUUGGAAGAAUACAAGGAUGAGGCCAAUAAUUUCAAAUUCCAAUCCGAGAAAUCACAAGAGGAGGUGAAACAGUUACGUGAAGAAUUGGAGACAAAAACUAAACGGCUAGACACAUUCGAGAAGACAGCUGAAAAACGUGAACAAGCCAAACAAGAUCUACGUGGUUUGGAAGAGACAGUUAUCAAAGAAUUACAAACACUACACAAUUUACGACGAUUAUUCAUCCAAGAUCUUAAUAGUCGAGUUAAAAAGUCUGCAAAUCGUGUGAAUGCACUGGCAGCGGCUGAAAAAGCUGCAGGUAACCAGCAAGGCGGUAAUAUGGCCAGUCAACAACAGCAAAUCUCCGAAAGUAUAUUCAUGGACGAUGAUGACGAUGAACCAGGUCAAGCUGGUUCACUGGCUCAAAGAGAGAAAAUUGCCUUCCUUGAAAAUAAUCUUGAUAAAUUAACUAAAGUGCAUAAACAACUUGUACAUGACAAUGCAGAGCUACGCUGUGAACUUCCUAAAAUGGAAAAACGUCUUAAGUGUACUCUGGAGCGUGUACGCAGCCUAGAGUUAUCAUUGAAAGAGGCUAAGGAAGGAGCUAUGCGUGACCGUAAACGUUAUCAAGUUGAAGUAGAACGUAUUAAAGAGGUUGUCCGUCAACGGAAUAUCACUGGACGUCGUGGUCAAUCACAAAUCGCUAAGCCUAUACGCGCUGGACAUGCACCAUGUACUCUGGAGCGUGUACGCAGCCUAGAGUUAUCAUUGAAAGAGGCUAAGGAAGGAGCUAUGCGUGACCGUAAACGUUAUCAAGUUGAAGUAGAACGUAUUAAAGAGGUUGUCCGUCAACGGAAUAUCACUGGACGUCGUGGUCAAUCACAAAUCGCUAAGCCUAUACGCGCUGGACAUGCACCAGUGUCCACUGCUGGCGGUGGUGGUGGGACAGCAGUGACACGACCAGAUAUUCCAGGAUCAUCAUAA